AUGGACUACAAUCUUGUUGCUCAGGUUGACGAUAAUGAUGCUGCAUCUCAGUCAGGCGAUUCAGAUAUCGCGGAUCAUCCCUCUGUCGAGCCUGCUAGUUCGGGGCACCAAGCACACGAGUCGAUCGCUUCUGUCCAGCAGGGACGGGGAAAUUUGAUCGACAGCAUAAAUCCUAGCGACAUAAAUCAUUCAUCCAGCUACGAAUUAAUCGAAGACGACGACUAUGCAGAGAAUGUCGAACAAAAUAAACCAAUUCCAGCGGCUGAGGCACAUAGCGCUCGCCAAAUUUCAACGGCCGUCGACUUGACCUCCAUCGGGGCGGAGAUAGCACCACGAUCCACGGAGCCGCUAGUUCGCACCUCGAGCGAUGUUUCCAUCCCAUUACGCCACCCGACCCCUGAUUUACAAUCGUUACAAGGCGCUUAUGUCGGAAAUAUUGAGAGGCUAGAGAAGAGUGCCGAGCGCCUCAGCAUGACUUCUUCCGACUUAGGGGUCGAGCUCCGUAAGCUAGAUCUUGAGCAAAAGCGACGCUCUUCCGCUUCCUCAGCUCAUCAGGGUCCCGAUUCUCCGUCAACGCGUGAGAUGUCGAUCGGUUCCUUGUCGAACUCUAUUAUUGCUGUGAAUUCUGCCGCUCGCUCAGGAGGAUACUCUCCCGGAGGGUUUCUUACGUCGCCACGUGGGUCGAUCAUCUCGGGUUCACGAUUUCGGUCGACCUCCGUUACCUCGCCGUUACAAGAGAUUCACGAACCAGGACACGAGGAAGAAAUGGAAACUACUGCAGUCGAUACUUUUGACGAUAGAGAUGUCCCUAUUUUGACGCCACGUCCAUUACCAGCUCAUGCUCGCAACAAUGAGGUCGAAUUGCACAAUCCGUACGCAGCUGACGAAACGUUUCAGGAGGCGGCGCCUGAUCGGCCAUUAACUGCGCAGUCGACCGAUACGUAUCAACAGGUGACCAAUCUUUUCCUCGAUUUCGACGGUGUCCAUUUCGUUCCACAUCCAAAAGAGCCCGGUCUAUCGCGUCAAUUGUCACUGAACAGGCCACCAUUAGCGACGUCCGCUGAACCCCUCAAAGAACCACAAGCCGGCAAAGAUAUGGUCUUCUAUCCAGCUCCCAUACCCAAAUUUCUCAACCUUCCGCAGCGUCUUUCGAAACAAUCCGCAAAAGUCAAUAACGAGAAACGUCGCACACAGUUGAUGGGCAUGAUAAGCGCUGCAGACAAGGAGGCCAAGGCCGAGGAAAUACAUGACCAACGUGCUAGCAAGAGGCUUUCAACUCUUCCUCCGCAGUUACGAGCCAGUGUCUUUUUUGAUCAGCCAUCAUCCAAUCUCGCAACUCUUGAAGUUCAAUUGAAAGACCGCUCUGCAGUUAGUACUCUGGACAGUAUUUUAGACGCUUCUACCCAUGCGCCUGUUUCUGCGUUUACAGAUCAUCCAAUUGUGGGUAGUGCUGGAGCCAAGGUCUAUGGGUCGGCGGACAAAAAGCGCGCGUCUCGACUGUUGGCUGGGAAGGGCGGUAAAGAUGGAACUAGAACAGGUCCUGGCCCUCGUGAAAGUGCAUUUUUCGUCCCAGGUCAAGGAUUGCACGCAUACUCUGACACAGAGGCAGCCGAAGGAGACCCAAUGCACCCUGGUGGCUCCGAGAAUAAACAUGGUUCUCAUUCGCCAUUUUCAUCGGACGCUGAAUCUAGUGGUACACAUGAUAGCGAGGAAGACACAACUGAUGAAGAAGACGAUGACGAAGAAGAUGGAAUCAGUGAGCCGGAGAGAUUCGACAACGACGAGUCAAUGCUAUUUGGUCGCCCAACAACGCUUCUUGCAGAAUUGCAGAUGAGGAAGGAGGAACAGAAACAGCGAAACCGUUCAGCAGCCAAAGCAUUUCCCAACGGAAUGCACUCGACAUUAUUGGAGCUCGACGCUGUUGCUCAAGCACAAAGCAAUAAACGACGACAGAAACACGUUACUUUAGCUUGGGAGGCUGAGGCCGCUGUGAAUCCCGAUGAUGCUGACGACGAAGAUAUACCGCUUGGGAUAUUGUAUGGCAACAAGAACCCCGCUGAAGAGGAGCGACCUCUGGGCCUCAUGGAACGCCGAGAGCUUGAAGAGAACGAGCCGUUGAGUAAGCGUCGAGCACGACUACGAGGAGAGGCGAUUCCUACAGCGAUGCCUAAUAAACGCGCUAGCGCAAUGACACGGCUGCAGUCAUCCGCUGCGCCAGAAUCCGACAGCGAGGACGAAGGCGAGACUCUUGCUCAGCGACUUCGUCGUCUCAAGCAGGAGAAGAAGGAUAAGACAAAGAGCGUUAUCUCGACUGAGUUUGAGACUGAAAUCAUGAAUGAACUGGGCAGGUUUUUACCAAACAAGCCUGUGGCCAAAGAACCAGAGCCGACUACUAAGGCAGUUGAAAAGGUCGUUACGAAUGAGGAGGAAGAAGAGGAGGUGGUGGUGGUGGAGCAGGAAGAGGAGGAGACAUUAGCUCAGCGUAGAAAACGUCUACAAGCUGAAGCUGCGCAGGCACAAUCGAAGAACGUGAGAGCUAGCCGAAGUAUGGCUGAUAUUCUUUCAGCAUAUCCCGCAUCUAAAGCUGGUUUCCCUGUCUCUGGUAACGCCCAUGCUCGUCAGACAUCUUUGAGACCAGGUUCUGUCCAUACCCAACGAUUGUCCACCGGUUUUACUGUACCACCUAGCAUGACCUUCCACGCUGGCCUUGCACAAACCCCCAAUCACCAUCCUUCAAUGCCUGACUACGAAACCCAGCCGGCUUACGGGAAUAUGCCAUACAAUGCUGCAUUUAUGCCUGGUGUUGCUGCAGGUAUGACCGCUUACGGCGCCAGCAUGCAAUACCCACACAAUGCCACGAUGAUGCAGCAGAAUAUUAUUGACCCGAGACAAGCUGAUAUCAUUGACCGAUGGCGCCAGAGUAUUGGCAGAUAG